UUGAAACAGCAAGGAAAAGGAACUCGGGAGGAAGAUGAUGCCGACUCCAAAAGUCUGGAGUGGAUUUAACGUCCGUGUGUUGUUCACCUUGAUGGAAGUCUUGGAGAUUUCUGGAGAAAUUAUGGAGCCGAUUUAUUGGAAUUCACUGAACAGGAGAUUUCUGGAUGUCAAGGGGUACGUCCUGUACCCACAGAUUGGGGAUCGGAUUGAUCUGAUCUGCCCACAGUCGAUCCCACGUGGUUCCCUGUCAACCGAGGAGUAUGAAUAUUACCGGCUGUACCUGGUUAGCGAGGACCAGGCCGAGCGGUGUGACACGGUGAUGAGUCCGACGGUGCUGUUAACCUGUGACAAACCCGACCAGAUCACUCGCUUCACCAUCAAAUUCCAGGAGUUCAGCCCCAAUCUCUGGGGCUUGGAGUUCAAACCCCAUCACAACUACUACAUCAUCACCACGUCCGAGGGGAGUGCGGAGGGCCUCGAGAACAGACAGGGAGGGGCCUGCUCCACCAAAAACAUGAAGGUCACCCUCAAGGUCGGUCAAGAUCCGAACGCCCCUCCCCGGCCGUCAGGUGAAGGUGACCGUCUGGAUUCUGGACAGAAUCACGGCCUGGACUCCACUGUCAGACUGGAACACGGAAACUCGUCAGUGUUGGUUGCCAACUCCAGUGAUCUGGACGACCAGGAGCACAGUGCGGUGCCCACCUCCAACAUCCCGCUGAUUGCCGGAGUGGCUGGUGGGAUUGUGUUCUUGUUGCUGGUCUCCGGGACCGUUGUGGCCGUGCUGUGUUACCGACGGCGGCGAUCGAAACCGGCUGAGGGGCAUCGGCCGUCCCUCCACCUCAGCACCCUGACCAGCCCCAAACGGGGCACGGCCAGCAACAACAAUGGGUCAGGCUCCGAGCCCAGCGACAUCAUCAUCCCCCUCAGGACUUCCGACAGCAGCUUCUGCCCUCACUACGAGAAGGUGAGCGGUGACUACGGCCAUCCUGUCUACAUCGUCCAAGAGCUGCCACCUCAGAGCCCCGCCAACAUUUACUACAAGGUGUGAGGGGAGGGGGAGA